UGAAUGACGGCCGUCUCGUCCAAUGAGAAAGCUUCGUUGUGCCGACGACGUAUAUAAGACAAUUUCGCCGUUCUUUCUUUCUUUGUGAUAAUGUCGGCUGUCAACGAUAAUAGAGACAAUGGCCCAGAAGGCAUGGAGCCGGAUGGCGUCAUCGAGAGCAACUGGAAUGACAUUGUGGACAGUUUUGAUGAUAUGAACCUGCGUGAGGAUUUGCUGCGAGGAAUUUACGCCUAUGGUUUUGAAAAGCCUUCUGCCAUCCAACAGAGGGCCAUUCUUCCUUGUAUCAAGGGUUAUGACGUGAUUGCGCAGGCCCAGUCUGGCACCGGCAAGACUGCCACAUUUGCCAUUUCUAUUCUUCAACAGAUUGAUGUGACGCUGAAAGGCACCCAGGCUCUGGUCCUGGCUCCCACCAGGGAGUUGGCUCAACAGAUCCAGAAGGUGGUGCUGUCUCUAGGCGACUACAUGGGCGCCAGUUGCCACGCUUGCAUCGGCGGGACCGACAUCCGCUCCGAGGUCCAAAAGCUGCAGUGCGAGUCCCCUCACAUUGUGGUGGGGACCCCCGGCCGUGUCUUUGACAUGUUGAGCCGUAGGAACAUCUCUUCUAAAUUCAUUAAAAUGUUCGUGCUGGAUGAGGCUGACGAGAUGCUGAGCCGAGGCUUCAAGGACCAGAUCUACGAGAUUUUCCAGAAACUGCCCGGCAGCACGCAGGUCGUCCUUCUUUCGGCCACCAUGCCGACCGACGUUUUGGAGGUCACUAAGAAAUUCAUGCGCGAACCCAUUCGCAUCCUGGUCAAACGAGAGGAGCUGACUCUCGAGGGUAUCCGCCAGUUCUACGUCAACGUGGAGAAAGAGGAGUGGAAACUGGACACCUUAUGCGACCUGUACGAGACUCUGACCAUCACCCAGGCGGUCAUCUUCAUCAACACGAGGAGAAAAGUGGACUGGCUCACCGAGAAAAUGCAGUCCAGGGACUUCACCGUUUCCGCUAUGCACGGUGAAAUGGACCAGAAAGAGCGCGACUUGAUCAUGAGGGAGUUCCGUUCCGGCUCCAGUCGAGUCCUCAUCACCACUGACUUGCUGGCUCGCGGUAUCGACGUGCAACAAGUCUCGCUGGUCAUCAAUUAUGACCUGCCGACCAACAGGGAAAACUACAUCCACAGGAUCGGUCGCGGCGGACGUUUCGGCAGAAAAGGAGUGGCCAUCAACAUGGUGACCGACGACGACAAGCGGAUCCUGCGGGAUAUCGAGACCUUCUACAACACCACCAUUGAGGAGAUGCCCAUGAAUGUGGCUGAUCUUUUCUAAAGAGAAAAGAGCAAAAUCCAUACGCCCCCGGUUCCCUUCACUGUUUAAAAAAACGAGAAAAAAAGGCCAAAUUUUGGUUGGAAUUCCCAAACUUGACUGACUCCUGCAAGGGAAGGAAGACCAUUUCCCCUCAAUUUUUUUGGCUUGGCAUGCUUAACACUGUUUGCCAUGUAGUCUCACUGAAAAUUGAUAUAAAUAUGGACAUUCCAGUUUUUUGGGGUGCUAAUUUGCAUCCACUUGAUGUUUUUAACCUGGACCCCACACCCUGAGCCCACAUCCAAAAAGCACAAACAUUGUGACGCGGACGAAACGCUAGCUAGCAUCUACGAGGCCACAUCUUGAAACAUUUGCUGUGAUUGUUGGUAGGAACGCAAACAGUGUUAAGGAGACCUCAAGUGUACGUAACGCCAUCUUUAAACUUGCAUCUUUUGGGGGGGCUACAAGUAAACACAGGGCAUGUUCAAUAAAAAGACCUGUAUAGUAAAAUCAACUUUGAUCGUUUGGAGCCUCUUAACUGCUGUUUUAUACUCUAGAACAGGAGCGGGGGCCAGAAAACGCACAGAAAAAAUGGAAAGAACACUUUCCAUUUCUAGCAGCAUUAAUGUACACUUUUUUUGUUUUGUUUUUUUGGGCCAGUCAGUGGAGGACGGCGGCCCUGUGGAUGUUCACGGUGAGUUCAGUCCGUGCUGGUUGGUUCUUUUUUUAAAAUGUAUUUUAGUUAGCAUAUCCACUCCAUUUUGUAGUUUCUGUAUUUGAAGUGUUACAUUGAUUUUCUAUUCAGAUGGUGGCCACUUUGUGUGAUCUACCUCAACAAAAAAUGUGGGUGGGUGUUUGGUGUUGUGAAAGGACCAAACUUGCAGUUUAGAGAUUCCACAGCCUCCUUAAAACUUACCUGGAGGACAUCUUUAUUUUUUUCCCGGAGGUGUAUGGUGUUUUUUUUUCUUGUUUUUGUUUUAAAAAUAUUGAAUUGUUAACCUUUUUUGAGACAGAAACAGUGUAUCAAAAUUUUCUACAUUGGAUUCUGUAUAGUAUUUAUUUUAUUGGUCUUUAAAGAAAAUAAUAAAGGAUGCUCCUUUUAUAA